AUGGUCUGGCCCGCGCCAAAACUCAUUGAACCACCACCAAAUGUAGCAACUCCGUCGUCUUCGCUUGUACCGCAUCGUCGUUUGUCUAUUGGCCGUCUGCAUCGCACUGCGUCUCCUGUUCGCGUUUCUUCCAACAAUAACUCCGAUUCUUCUGCUUCGUCUUCCAGCCAACGAGACUGGCAACAUCACCGCCAGCAGCAGUGGCUGGAUCUCAUCCCCUACGAUCCUCCUACUCCUUCUCCUCCGCUUGCACAGCAUCAGUAUGAAUCUACUCAGCAAUCUUCUUCUUCCUCAAUGCCUUCAACCGCCAUCCCUCCCGGCUACAACCAAAUGCCAGGGUCUUACUACUCCGACUUCGAAGUUGGCUCCCCGUCUUCCGAGGAAGAAGACAUGUUCCGUCUCGUUCAUGGUCACUCGCCAUCCACCACCAACCCUUUUGACUCGCCACUCGAAUUACAGCAAGAACCUCGCAUCCACCCCUUUACAGCCAUCCCUUCAGCUCAACCUCGCUCCAGCUUUCACUCGUCGUCUUCUCCACCCCCAUUCACCAACAUGUCCACAUACUCUACCCAAGCCGCAACUUCUCUCCCCUCACCACCAACCUCCCAACUCGAACGACCUGAAUCCCCCCUCUCCGUCGCCGACUCUCAGCCUACCCUCCGUCAGGGCGUUUCUUGGGCAUUGUCUCCACCUAUGAGUCCCAUACCAAGACCCCAAAACAGAGCCAGUGGCGGCAGCGGCAGCAGAUAUGCUCGGAGUCCAGAGGAUGUCGAUGCUCAGGCGCUCAACGCGGUUGUGGAUGGUAUUGGGAGAAUGCAAGUCAAUAUGAAUCUGGACCCGGCAGGGAGGUGGAGGAUUGCACGGCGGCCUGGCGCUCCUUGUUAG